AUGUCUCUCCUUCAGAACGAAGACUUCGUCCUCUACCAGCUACGCACAGCAUACCUAUCCUGCAUCAAAGACGGCGUCGGUGAGCGCCUCAUUACCGUCGAUUCUACUGUCCUCAACAAUCCGGCCUUUCGCGCCGCUGGCUGGGUCCCCAAUGCCGCCGACAUCAGACGUACCUACUCGCCACCGAUCCCCACUGCUAUCACCUCCGACUACUUCCAGGCACCCCGCUCGGCCGGUCUGAAAGAGGGCUUUGGCGAAGAUGAUGAGGAGGGCGGCAUGGUCACGGGAGGGGGGAGCAAUGAUACCGUGGGCCCCGCGUUGAAUACAAAGAGGAGGCGGCGGAAGGAGCAGAUGGACGAGGAUGACAGCAGUGAUCUUAGUGACGAGAGCGACGACGAUGCGGAUGCUACGAGGCCUGCCAACCAAAUCAAGUUCACCAAGAUGCCGUUGCGGACACGAGCCGGGUCCUCGCCCAUUCGCGGCUCUUAUCUACAUAACACUCUGCUUUCAGGAUCCAAUACUCAGGAUGGUCCGUCUUUGAUGAUUACAUCGCCUUCUAGACCCCCCGAUAGCCGGUUACGACGAGGGUCUUUGGGUGCAGUGGAGACAAUCAAGGAACGUGCGAGACGAGACACUGUCACAAGCAGCGAAAUGUCAUCCGAGAAUGAGCUGGACCCAGUUGUGUUUCAAAGAAAAAAGCUCAAUCCCCACCGAGCGGCGAAGGCGAGCCAAUUGCUCUCGGAGCGGAUCCAAGAGGACGACCGCGAAGGCGAUGCUCAUUUGGACGACGCCGACCAAGGAAACGAGUCUGACGAUAGCACUUUGUCAUCUGAAUUUGCCGGCACUGCAGACACGAAUUCGAUAUUGGGAGACAUCGGAAAUCCAAUGGAUUCGUCCCCUCGUACCAACAUGUCAACCAUACCACCACCAAUCACUCCCUUCAACGCCUCUCCAAAGAAAAAUAGACAGACUGGUCCUAUGCUUCAAGCACUACCACCACCACGACCCAUCAGCGUUCUCCAGCCUGUCAGCGCACUAACACAAGCUCUAAAAGCAAAAGACAAAAAGCCCGAGGAUCCCCUACAGCGAUUUGCUACGUUGUCUGGCAAGGGUGAUCCGAAUCCUUUAUACAUCAGAAUCUAUGCUCCAUUCUCAACGAAGCCAAAUAAACCCUUUGAGGUGCUUUUAAGAAAAACGCUGGACGAUAACACGAAAGUCACUGUGUCCGAAGCUAUCGGAUUUGCUCUCUACAGGUAUAACGAAGAAAAGCUGGAGCCACCCCUGCCUCCGCAAAAACUCAACGUCAAUCGUUGGGUCUUCCGCAUGUACGAAGACGACGAGGUUGAUAUGGAAUUCCCAGCACUCUCACGAACGAAAGAGGUGACAGAUUUCGCUUCCAACAACAGCCGGGGCAUGCGAGCCCGGUCGCGCGAGAAGCCCUGGGACGAGUUUGCGUUGGUUGAAGCCAACGAGCGCGAAUUCGCGGACAACGAGAAUCUCACUCCAUUAUACAGUAAAGAAGCCGCUGCAGCUGCAGAGGCCCCCUCGAAGGCUGACCCCUUCACCACAUCUACCACUGGUCCCAACGGCGCAAGACCAUCAAUGUCAGGCCCUGCUGUUCCCCCAAAACCACCCCCGGCGCCAGCCCGUUCAUUCCGCAACCCCAUCACCGGUCCAUUAUUCGCACCUUCAAACCUCCGGAAAGAUAGUACUAAUCUCCUCGAUGCGCCAGCAGUCACAACCUCUCACGCCACCCCUCGCACGGGAGCCCCAAAAACCAUCGCCGUCCACUUCACAGACGACAACUUCCAAACCCGCCAUCUCGCCAUCCCGUGCACCACCGACACCUACAUCGCCGAAGUCUUCGACGGCGUGUGCCACGAGCUCCGUGUCGACAAAGCCCUCUACGUGCUCAAAGUGUCGGGCACCGCCACUGUCGCGCCCGCCGACCGCACUGUCGAAGCCCUCGCCGGGCGCACCGACCUCGACCUCGCGCGCCGCCGCUUCAUCGGCGACGGCGCCUACGGCCUCUCGGGCUCGCCCGGCUCCGAGUCCCCCAACGCGCCCCUCCUCAUCAGCACGCCCGGCGGCGUCUCGAAAAAGGGCCACCACAAAAAGGCGGCUCCCGCCGCAGCCGGCGGCCUCAUGCACCCCCUCGCCCAGAACCGCACGCCCGACGCGUUCCUCGCUGCCAACGCAAACUACCGCCGCUACGCGGUGACCCGCAAGCAGCCCAUGUCGUUCUCGUCGUCGUCGGCGCGGAUCCUGGCGCUGGACGGUGAGUAUAUGCACAUCAUGCCCGGCGAGUCGACGAAUAACCCGCACAACACGAAGCACAUCACCGAGGGCGCGGGGGGCAAGACAACGACGGUGCAUUUUAGCAGCGUGGUCGGGAGUAAAGUGUCGCGGCGGCAUCCGCGGAUGUUCAGGGUGGUGGUGUUUAAGGAGCGCGAGACGAAGCGGUAUGACUUUGAGGCGCAGGGGGGGGCGCAGGAAGCGCGGGAGAUUGUGGAGGAGAUCCGCAGGGGGGUGGAGAGGUUUCAGGAGGGGGUGCUGUAG